UUGCAGGAGUUCCGAGAGGGACGAAAAGCAUCGCAAACUUCACCAGCUGUAUUAUAUUCUGUGGGUGAACCACCGCUGGAACUGCGCGAUUGUCCCGAUGCACGUGUGGGUGAUAACGUCGGCUAUAUUACCUUCGUACUAUUUCCAAGGCAUACGAAUGCCCAGGCACGAGAAAAUACGAUCAAUCUGAUACAUACAUUCCGUGAUUAUCUACAUUAUCAUAUCAAAUGUUCGAAGGCAUACAUGCAUUCAAGAAUGCGAGCCAAAACGAACGAUUUUUUGAAAAUCUUAAAUCGAGCAAGGCCGGAGGGACGCGUCGAGAAGAAAACAUUCUCGUAA